AUGCAAAUGCUUAAAUCACUUCUGGAGGUAUUACAAAGUAUGGAAGAGAUGCAAACAAAAGAUGGUGACAAUAUGAAACUAUUAACAGCACGAAGCACAACGCUAACAGCAAAUGUACGACAAUUGCUAUCAACUGUACCAUAUGCAUAA